AGCGGCAUGAAAGCAUAGUUCGCCGAGAAUAAAUAGUUAUGGGCGUAAUUUCCGGCGCAGUGUGGAAAACUAGUCUUCCAGUGGGGUUGCGGGCAGUGCUGAGAUCAACCUCCUUAGGAUGCACACGGUCGUACUGUGACCAACCGUCUCAAGACGACGGAGAAGUGCGCGUUCGUUUUGCACCGAGCCCGACAGGCUUCAUGCAUCUCGGUGGUUUACGUACCGCGUUGUAUAAUUAUCUGUUCGCAAAACAGCACGGAGGGAAGUUUGUGCUUCGUAUCGAGGACACCGACCGGGAACGGUUCGUCGAGGGUGCGGCAGAAAAGCUGUACACUGAUCUGAAAUGGGCCGGCGUCGAACCGGACGAGGAUCCGUUCAAGGGGGGCCCUUACGGUCCCUACACACAGAGCCAACGGUACGAUAUCUACAAGCAAGAGGUGAAAAAGCUGAUGGAAGAUGGCCGGGCGUACUACUGCUUCUGCACCGAGCGAAGGUUGGAGUUGCUGCGCAAGGAAGCGCUCCGGCUGCGCCAGGUGCCAAAGUAUGACAAUAAAUGUCGGCAUUUAACACCGGGCCAGAUUGCGGAACGGUUGGCAAAGAACGAUAAGUUUUGCAUCCGCUUUCGGCUCGCCUCGAAGGGCGACGAGUUUAACGACCUGAUCUACGGAAAGAUCGUGUACUUCAUUGCACAACAGGAGGGUGACCCGGUCAUCAUCAAAUCGGACGGCUACCCGACGUACCACUUUGCCAACGUCGUCGAUGACCAUUACAUGCGUAUCACGCACGUGUUGCGUGGGGUCGAAUGGCAAAUAUCCACCCCAAAGCACAUUCAGCUGUUCCACGCGUUCGGAUGGCGGCCACCGCAGUACGCUCAUCUGCCCCUCAUCAUGAACCCGAAUGGAUCGAAACUCAGCAAAAGACAGGGCGACGUUCAGCUGGAACACUACCGUAACAAUGGGACAUUCCCGCAGGCCCUACUUAACUAUAUCACCCAGAGUGGGGGAGGGUUCGACCGGGAGCUGCUUGAAAUAGAAGCUCCCCAGCUGACCGACCUGAUAAAGCAGUUUGAUCUGAAAAAAAUUAACGCAAACUCUAGUCGACUCAAUCCCGAGCUCCUGAAGCACUUUAAUCGGGCUGAGAUACGAUAUCGGCUAGAGAACGAUCCAGAAGCAGCCGAACGGAUCGUGACAGCCGUUACGGAAAUGGUACGAAAAGAGUUCGCCAAGGACGCCAAACAGUUGCAGCUCGAUCCCGGGCACGUCCGAGAUGUGUUAAGCUGGUCGCUUCCGAGAAUAGAUUCCCUAAACGACCUGGUGAAGGGUAAACUGUCCUUCCUGUGGGUGUUACCGCAACCUUCGAAGGAGAAGCUGAUCGAUUCAGACAUUUUGGCACUGCUCGCCAAAAAUCUUGCCACCGACGCGGACGUACCGGAGUUCAACAAGUCCGAGCUCAGCCGCUUCAUGAAAGCGUUUGCCGAACGGAACCAUCUUGCAUUUGAGAAGCUCAUGAAGGCGCUCCGGUCGGGACUGAGCGGCCUGCAGGAGGGCCCAUCCGUACCGGAAAUGAUGGAAAUAUUGGGCCGUGAAAAAACGGUCCAACGGAUAGAGCUGGCCGCUGGGAGGCAAAAAUGACGCUCCCAGGCGCAAGCUAUGUAAAGUAAACACAAAAGCCGACACUUUCCACUGAGACAGACAGUAAGGUUAGGCAAAGAAAAUCGGGACAUAUGGCCGCUCCUUGAUCCUUUAGGGUUCUCUGUCUCCUCGUUACCUUGCGAAGGCCAAGAAAGCUGAAUGCAAAAGCUGUACUGGGCUAAAUCAUCGCUGAGCAAGAAUAAGAAGAAGACACUUCCCUCUUUUGGUGUUCAACGACUUUCUCAUUUAUUUCUGUGGAUAAUCGUCUUAGAUGCUGGUUUUUACAUUACGGUUAUGCAUAUGAAAUACACCGGGCUGCGAUAUUGUGUUGUAAAGAGUGGAAGAAAAGCGUUGGAGCUAAACGUACCAGGACAAAUACAAUGUUGAUUCUAGUUGCAAGUGAUUAGUUUGAGUAUUACUAAUAAGUGAAUAUUUAUCUGCCGAAUCGUAAAUUCAAACUCGUUCCAGUAGAAUAUUUCAGUACAUCCAUCCUUCGCAUUACCAGCAGGCACCCAGCUAUCAUGAACCGGUGCGAUUAAUUCCUAUUCGGUUGGUUAAACAAAGUUCAGUUUCCUUUAAACAUACACCACAUAUCACAUGUAAAACUAAAGAAAAAAAAAACGUUAAGAUCCAAUAGUCGCUACUAUUUAGUCGCGAAUAAAAUAUUCUAGCACACGUCAGUUCAAUUAAA